AUGUCUAAAACCCCAUCACACAGCUCCGCCACAGCGCGCGACUCCACAAACUACUCGUACGAUCUCAGCAACGCGAUAUACGGCGCUUUCCCCAGCUGCGCAACCGAUCUAUCGCCGCGCAGGUCACGCGCCGCAUCUCCAGUGUCGGCGUCAAAUUCCUCAAAAAAGCGCAGCACUGCGGGCAUGACUACUGCAAAUAGUACCGGCACCACAACCCGCAUACACUGCCACCAUGCGCUCGCGAGAAGACAGCAAGGAGGCAUAAAUAUCCACGCAAGCACCUGCCUCAACCUGAACGCCUCGUCAGAAGAAGAGAGUUCUGAAGUUGAUCUGUGGAUCUUGCCUGAGCUUGACGACUGGGAGGAAGACGAAACCGAAGCCGAGUCUACGAUUCUAACGCCUUCUUCGUCGGCGGAGUUGGACGCCGCGACAGGAUCGGCGACUGGAGGGCUGGAGAAUAAAUGGGCUGGCGUUCUGAGGCGCGCUGCGAAUUCAAAUCUUGAGCGUCUGCGCACGAGGAUGGAGGGCGAUGGAUGGGACUUCGUCAAGCCCGCCAAUCAGGACCACGAAGAUCUGGAUGAGGAAUUUGACGUGGUCGUUUUGUCUGGUCCGCGGAGAAAUGACUAG